UAAAACUCUAUCCAUGCUGGAAAGGCUCUCUGCCUACAGACGGAGCUCUGCAAUAGUAGAAGGAUUUAGCGUAAUGAAGAAAUCCGUUAGGAUUUUAUUAGUUGUUUACUUAAUUAGCUGCGCUGUAUCCCUAAUUAUAUCAUGGAAGCUUUAUUAUCUGCAUCUAGUUCUCCUAGCUUUUCCCCUCUUCACAACUAUUGUGUUUGUAUCAUCCUUUGUUUUACUCUUCUCUGUUUUUCUGCAACCGUAUAUCAACAGAAGUAGAAACCGUGUCUCUGAUUUUGAAACCCUAGAAGCUAAAAUCCAAAGAAUCUACCAGCCAUAUUUGAAAAUAACACAGGAAGAUUUACUCGAAGCAACAGCCGAUUUUAGCGACAGAAAAAUAAUUGGAAAAGGCCGAUUUGGAACAGUCUACAGAGGAAUCCUCGACAAUGGCCAAACAGUAGCCAUAAAAAGAAUGGAACUUUCAGAGGACAGACAAUGUUGCCUAGACCACUUUUUGUCAGAGCUGGAGAUUUUGGGGCGGCUUCGUCACAGAAAUCUUAUGAAAAUUUUAGGCUAUUUCUUCAAUGGCCAAGAAAUGAUAAUAGUUUCCAAAUUCAUGCCUAAUUUUAGCCUGGAUGUUCUGUUGCACGGCCCACUGGAUUGCAGAUUGGAUUGGAAGCAAAGAUUGAAUAUAGCCGUUGGAGUUGCGCAUGGAUUGGCUUAUCUUCACCAUGAAUGCAAGAAUAGAAUUGUGCACUGUGAUCUGAAACCUGCAAAUAUACUUGUUGAUGAACAUCUGGAAGCCCAUAUUGCUGAUUUUGGCGUAGCCAGGAUUAUGAAUAAUAAUGAGCUCGCACCAAGCUCUUUAGGUUUUUGCUUCACUAUCGGUUAUACUGCUCCAGAAAUGGCAUAUCAAGUGAGGUGGUCUCCUAAAGCUGAUAUUUACAGUUUUGGUGUUGUAUUGUUGGAACUAAUAAGUGGUGUAAAGCCAACAAGUUCAGAUUUAGUUGAUAAGGGAUUGACACUUCCACAGUGGGCAACCAAGGCACAGAUAGAGAACAACUUUGCAGAGCUCAUUGAUGACUGCUUGAAAAAUAUUUAUAAAGACAAACAAGUUUAUGUUGAAAUGGAGAGAGUUCUUAACUUGGGAAUCAUUUGUACACAUGAAAAUCCAAAAAUGAGACCUGAUAUGAAAGAUAUAGUUCAAAUUUUGACAGAUAUAAAACAAAAAAACAAAGAAUUCAAUAUACCAAUUUCUGUACUAGCUGAACAAGAAUUUCAAUAUUAUGAAAUUCUAACUGAUUCCUCUAUAUCCGUUUAA